GCGCCGCGGGCGACACCUGCGGCUCCCCUCGGUGGCGGCCGUCGCUCAGGCGGCAGCAGCGCGGGCCCCGGCAGUACCAGCGGCCACGGUGACCGCGGCGCGGGCGUCCUCCGCGGCGGCCGCCGCCUCUGAUGCUCCCGCCCGCCCGCUCCCGGCACCGCGGCUCCGGGAGGAUGUGGGUCCUCGGCAUCGCGGCAACUUUUUGCGGAUUGUGCUUGCUUCCAGGCUUUGCUUUGCAAAUCCAGUGCUACCAGUGUGAAGAAUUCCAGCUGAACAACGACUGCUCCUCCCCUGAGUUCAUCGUGAAUUGUACGGUGAACGUUCAAGACAUGUGUCAGAAAGAAGUUAUGGAGCAAAGCGCGGGAAUCAUGUACCGCAAGUCAUGUGCUUCCUCAGCGGCCUGUCUCAUCGCCUCCGCUGGCUACCAGUCCUUCUGCUCCCCAGGGAAACUGAACUCAGUGUGCAUCAGCUGCUGCAACACCCCUCUUUGCAAUGGGCCAAGGCCCAAGAAAAGGGGCAGCUCUGCAUCAGCCCUCAGGCCAGGGCUCCCCACCACCAUCCUGCUCCUCAAAUUAGCCCUCUUCAUGGCCCACUGCUGAAG